AUGGGUUCCGUUGACCGUCCUGAGCCUCUCCGUCUGGGCUCUGUUGCCCCCAACUUCAAGGCCGAGACCACCAAGGGUCCCAUCGACUUCCACGAGUUCAUUGGAAACAACUGGGUCGUCCUUUUCUCACAUCCAGAAGAUUUCACACCAGUGUGCACCACUGAGCUUGGAGCUUUCGCAAAAUUGGAACCCGAGUUCACCAAGAGAGGUGUCAAGUUGAUCGGUCUUUCCGCCAACACCAUUGACAGCCAUGGAGACUGGAUCAAGGACAUCGACGAGAUCAGUGGCAGCCACCUGAACUUCCCUAUCAUUGGAGACAAGGACCGACAAAUUGCCCUGAAGUACGACAUGAUCGACCACCAAGACGCCACGAAUGUCGAUGAGAAGGGCAUAGCUUUCACCAUCCGCUCCGUCUUCAUCAUUGACCCCAAGAAGAUUAUCCGAACCAUUCUCUCCUACCCUGCUUCGACCGGUCGCAACACUGCCGAGGUGCUCAGAAUCGUGGACUCCCUCCAAACCGGCGACAAGCACAAGGUCACUACCCCCAUUAACUGGGUUCCCGGUGACGACGUGAUUGUCCAUCCCACCGUCAAGACAGACCAGGCCAAGGAAAUCUGGCCUGAGAUGAAGAUCAUCAAGCCAUACUUGCGAGUCACUCCUCUGCCCAAGGAGAAGACAACUGCUGCUUAA